GCCCCAAGCGGAAACGUGCCGUUCCUCUCCUUUCAGUCGAGGAACGAAUAUACUCGAACGAGGAAGUGCCCGAUCCCUAUCUACUAUCUACCUUUUAAUAAGAAGUUACUAGCUUUUAAUAAGGCGAACAAUAUAACUUCAUCGUUUCUUCAAAAGAAAAACCAAUAGUAGGCGGUUUGGUUACUGGUGGACGACUUCUUCCGGCAAAUGUUCGCCGUUAAUGAUCACAGGUCUACUAGGCUGGCCCACCCAUACCUCUUCUUAUUCAAUAUCAUCUGGACUUCUCCUUGUUUCUUGGACAACUUGAAUUAUUUUAUUCCAUGAUCGGACCAGGACGCCAGAAUUCUUCUUUAAUAGAAUUUCAUUCAUAUAAUUGUUUUUUUCAUAUCGAUUCCUUCCAACGGAGCCUAUUGAGCAUGUCUAUAACACAUGAACGGGCCUACCUACGUAUAAUCUAUCAAGUGAUGUUCAGCCCAUAAAUAAGAAGGAGAUGGGAAUCCCUUUCUCGAACUGUAGCUCUCCCCAAGUUAUGAUUGAGAAGCUGCCGCUAGUAUAUAGCCAGUUUCAACAGAAACAAUCACUUAGAAAGACUUAGAUACUUGCUCUUCUGACUGGUAUCGUCCUAGCUUGACUAAGCGGAUGUAACAUACCAGGAUCAAUCUUACAAUGAAUAGUAUAUCCUAUCCUCAGUCUUAACAGACCAAACUCUAUCUUAUUUGUAGACUGUGCCUUUCUUUCUAUGAAUCUUGGUAUUGGAUGAGCAACUAGCGAGAAAGCGUAAGGUUCGCCCGGACAAGGAACAUAUUCAACAUGCUUUCGCCUUGCAUCAUAUAAAACAAGAAAUGCCAUUCUACUCAGGUUUCAGGGCUGGCAGGCAUGAGCCUUUGCUCGAUAACAGAUUGCAUAUAGUGAAUAAAUUAUUGAAAUAAGUGAUCUACAGUCGUGCCUACUUUGACCUCCCAGAUCCAUAUCCUUGUUUUCUAUGUUAAUGUCUACGGGGCACUUCUCAGCCGAGGAACUCUUCUCCUCGCUCUGAUACCAUGCGUACAUGUUUCUUAGUUACUUGCUUUCGUCUAAGUAAAAGCAAUCGGGCAUUGAAGUUAGAAUCACUUAUGCUGUCCCCGGGAAAAUCACUAAUAUCUCUUAGGAAAAGGAACCUCAAACGGGGGGUCUAUAGAGAAGCGAGAACGGCGCCCGUCGGGCAUCACAAAAGCAAGCUCAAACCGAACGUACACCUUACCCUGGACUGUUGCAGCCACUAGCCGUUUCCUAUCUAUAGGCUUCGGUUCUUCGAUCCUCAUCCUUUUACUUUGACAACGACUCCGCGGUCAACGGGACUAUGCGGGGGGAGGGGACAGCAAGGAUAUACCUAAAUCCGUGCUCUAUACCACGUCUAGCUCGUCUGUCCUUGGUCUCAUGGCGGCGGCUGCGGGGGGCUAGUCUCGCUCUUGGACUCCAGCCUUUGUCUCCUGCUACAUCUGUCUCAAAACUUUCGAUCCACGAUUGUGACCGCUCUUUGCUUGUUUAAUCUAUGCUCAGCUCAGCGAGGCCCGCAUUCUCUCUACUACGGGCGGAACCCGCCUUUUGUGAAUCUUCUUGAUCAAAGCAUGAAACUAUAUGGAUUGGGGAAAACGAUAAGGAGAAAGAUCCGUCUGACUUUCCAACAGCUACUCUCUAGUUAUGUUUUGGUCUCCCGUGACGUGAUACCAAUAGGCUUUCCGAAGAACAUUCGAUUCCGGGAAAGAAGGUUGAUCAUCAGUGCGGACGGUUUAGCAGUAGAACCCGAUUCUGAAACAGAAAGGGUCUUCCCUACACCUACUGACUCAGCGCAGCGAAGGAAGUGGUACCAGAUACAGAUUAAGUGGCUGAAGCCUUACGCGGGGAGGCCUAUUGGCGGGCGACUUUCCUUGUCAUCCUCAAAACUCUGAGUGGAUCCCACGGAUAGUUCAGUUCAACUCAACAUAUGGAUUGCCCACACCUAUGGUUUUCUAUGAUUUGCAUAUGUUAAGCGUACGGACCAUAGGAGGGAAGCGCUCAUGAAGGAAUAGCUUCUGCGGUGCAUGAAUGACUCACGCACUAUUUGAUUUGAAGGGAUUUAGUUUAGAAGAGUUCGGCUGGGGAGUUAAAGAGCGGUUGGACAGGGGGCUGGUAAAUCAAGCCUAAGAGGCAGCAUUGUCAACAAAGAACCUUAGAUGCUGAAAAGCUAAAAGAAAAAUAACGCUUAUACAGCAAAAUAUCUGUGUUUUAUACAGGGUAUUCCUAGGGUAUGGGUAUCAUCCAUCCGGAAGGUCGAGUGGCCGGGUUCAUAGGGCUUAGGAGAUAAUACUUAGGGUAUUCUUAUUAGGAGAGAAUGAAACGGAUAUUCGACGAGUAUUUGUUCACUGCGGAGAGAAUUCUUAGGCCCGGGGAAAGCUCACUGAUACUGUAUUGGUAGAAAGAGGCACUGCAACUUAAGUUUCCAUUGAUCCUUAGGAUUGCAAUUGGGCUUGCUUCCCUUUUCACUGCAAUUCGCUCAAGGGGAUCCAAACGUUAUAGACUAGGGUUUUUCUAGCUCUGCCUAUCCUCCUUUUAUAAAGUUUGAUAACAGGUUUUACAUCGUCUUUAUUAUUACUCUGAAACUGACGCAGGAAGGGCAGGCUUUUUCACUAUAGCUUUCUUUGUCUGCAGAGCUAAGGAAGAAAAAAUCGAUAUAGUAUAGCCAAAAAGAGGAUUCUUAGAAAGAUUCUCCUACUUGCCUUGGACUUGCUUGAGACUGACACUUCCAAACAAGGGCGACAGCGCCAAAUAGCAUUUUGAAAUCCGGAUCACUCACUAAAACAUACGAUUUAGCUUACUAUACCUGUUGAUGUAGCAUUAAAAACUUGUACUCUUGCUACCAGAAGGAUCAAUGUCUCCGACCCCGGAAAGAAAGAAUAGGGGUGUCGCCGCUGUUUGGAUUAGAUGUCACAAUAUCGGUUGUUAAAGAGAUUCUCUCAUAUGUCGCCCCCGCAUUAUCUUAGAAUUCAUGGACCAAAGUCGCAAAUCGCUUCUUCUCAUUCAAGCAUGAGUUCGUUCAAAGUCGGUAAGGGGAAUCAGAGAAAGGGCGGCCAGUUUAGUCAACAAUCAUGACCAUGUCUAUUUGUUCGCUUUCUAGCCCAGAUCUACUAGUCAUCGCCUUUGAGCUGGUACAUUUACCAGGAGUCGGCUAUUCCAGAAUCAGCAAAGGAAAGAAGCCCGCCAAGACUAACUUCGGAUUGGAUUCUUUUAUCCGGACUGAGUCUAAUCGUGAUUUUCUCUCGAUUAUGACCUCUGUCGCAAUAGAAAUCGAGAAUGGAG